AUGGCCGAUUUCUUAACGGCGGUUUCUACCAGCAAAGUCAACCGUAGCGAGCCUCUCAUUCAAGAGGUUAGGAGCCUAGAUGCACAAGAAGAUGCAGUAGCCAUUGACUCUGCAGAAUCAGCACUGAAAGCGUUAAAAAACCAGCCCAGUCGGACGACUGUAAACAGUGUUCUCGAUUACCUCACUGUAGAGGGGUUUAGCCUCUUACUUCCGGACCCGCUCAAUGCAAGCAUCGCUCAUCAACUUGUGAACGAAACCAUUCCCAACUACUGGGGAUCAAUCAAAGACAAAAAAGAAGCAAAGAAGAUUGGAAAAAUCCUUCGGAAUCCAACGAGUCUGGGACAUAUUAUUACAAGACUUCGGUCACUUAUCGUGGAUAGUCGUCAGAAGAAGAAACUCGGAGAAGAGCGGAAUACAGCUGAACACAUCUCGGAUGCGCUAGAUGUUUUAGAUCUGACACUACGCGGUAAUGAGACUUCAUUCCUAAUAUUGCAAGAUACUUUUUUGUUCGGCAAGAACGUCAUACAGAAGAAGCUUAUAUGGAAGGAGUAUCUUGCCCAAGUAGCAUCGGGACGUCUACUGUCGAUUGCAGCAGAGGCUGAGGAUGUUUUGAAGAAAAACAACGACAUAUCGAGAGUCUCCAGCUGGCUUGCAGAAGGCAAGGAGUAUGCAGAAUGGCUAGGUCGGAACACGGCUAUUUUGCUGCAACGCGGGUCCGAAAGCGAUGACCAUCUCACUGCUACUGCAGAACUCUGCUCAAAGGCCCUGGGGUUGGGCUAUACAGAUCAAAUCGUGAGCUCUCUACUUCUGACGAUAAUUAACGAUGAUAGCGUUGAGCACCUCGUGCGUUUGUUGUCCCACAUGAAGACAUUUGAGCAGCGAAAGUACAUGAAUGCAAUCAUCACGUUUGUGGCCAAGCAAUAUCUCUCAAACGAAGUUGUCAGUAAAGACUCGCCGGUUGCAUCAUCUCCUGUCAUAGGUGCUGCUGCUGGUUUGUUUCAUGACCUAAUCCAAGAUAACGAUGUCCUCAAAGAACAUCUCAUCUCAACACUUACAAAAUCAACGAUACCCGUACUAGAUGAUUCGCUAUCAGCCAGGCGAAGUGUCGUAGCUGCUUUGGCGAAAGAUCAUGACAAGUUGCAUACCCUUUUGGAAAACCUCAUCAAACUCUUUGGAGAUUUAGUCUAUAUCAGACACACACCAGUAUUGCAACAAGAAGGCAUUGGCUAUGUCAAACGUUCAGAGCCUAUGUUUCUCAAUAUGAUGGCAAAAUCAUCACAUCAUGUCAACGGAAUGUCGAACCGAAUCGGCGCUGCCUCUGCGCGAGCCCGUUUUUUAGGGAUCUCUGUUGGUAUUGCCAUCUCCAAGAUGGUAGAUAAACCGGAGUUGCAACUGAAGAUUGAGCUGGAGGGCGCUGAAGCUGAAGAAGCAAGCUGGUACGAGCGGCUCACCAACAUUGACGACAAAGUUGGGAAGGCUGCAGAUCUCAAGACCCAGCAGAGCAGCACAGCCUCAGUGAAGAAGACGCAGCCGAAACCGAAAUCACUUCCCAAGACCUCAAAAUCUCCAGUGAUAACCGAAAUACAGGGACCACGAGUCAUCGAAGUCGUGUCUGAUUCAGAAGACGAGGAUGCAGAUCUGAUGAUGUAUGAUAAACCAGAUUCUGACCCGGAGGACGACACAGAUGACCCGACAGCCAUCAACCGCAAUAAACCCACAGCGCCCGUCUACAUCCGGGAUCUCAUCGCCGGCCUUCGCGACCAAGAAAACUAUGACCGACACGAGCUUGCUUUAGCCACAGCUGCAUCUCUGAUUCGCCGCAAAGCAAACUUUGGAACAGAAGUGACUGAUCACCUUGAGGAACUUGCGACAAUACUUGCAAGUCUGCAAGACAACUCGGAGCUAGAGGAGUUUGCGCAACAAAGACAGCAAGCUUUGAUUGCUGUGCUGCUUGCAAAACCGGCGCAGAUGGCGCAGUGGUUUGCACGGUCUUUCUUCUCUGGCGACUACAGUCUGCAACAACGCAUAGCUAUGCUCACGACCCUCGGUAUUGGAGCGCGCGAACUGGCAGGAAUGAAAGAUACUUCAACCGAUGACAUGAUACCCGCAAAACCAGACUUUCCUAGCAAGCAGCUUCCUCCACAUCUCCACAGUAUCUACUCAGAAGAUAAAAAUAGGCCAUCGGUGGCGAAGAUAUCAAGUCACAUGGCACGUGAAAUGCUCUCCCCAAUUGCAUCACAAGCAGCCGACCAACUCAGUGGGCCCAAUAUUCUCAAAGUGCGAACCUUUUCUUCACGCAUGGAAGUAGAAAAGAAGCGACAUAAGCCAAUUCCGAAUGCCCUCGCCCAAAUUGUAGCGGAUAAUUUCUUCUUUCCUCUCACUGGACGCUGGUGGCUCCAGGUUCGCGCUAGCAACGACUCCAUCUACACUUCCACCCACCUUUUACCACCAUUCCUACAAACGCUUUCUAUACUUCUCAAUGCAUCGGGUCCAAAUACCCUUGCACUGCCCCAGAUGACACGUGAGUACUGGGAUCUCUUGCUCUCGGUGCGUGGUUUGGCCAGUAAGGAUAAGAACAUACUCAAUGCCGUUUUGUUCGGUUUCCUGAUGUUGUUGGAAACAAACGAGAAUAAGGAGAGACUUGCUACUGAUCAAGGAAAAGAGCUCAUGGAGACGCAGGCUUGGGUCAAGAUGGUUUUUGACGGCCUGGGCGCUGGGAGUGAGGAGGAUGAGAAGGUGAGAGUACUUGCAGCGGGCGUGGUAGUCAGGUGUCAAGAGGUAGUUGAGAAGUAUCAGAGAAGGAUGGCGGGUGUUUUGAUGGACUACUAG